CAAAAAAGCUUUAAUCGAAGAAGCCUGCAGCAGCAAGUGUAUCAAAGCCAUUUGGUUAGAGGCAGUGGCUUUCAGAAAAUAUUACUUAAUGCUACCAACAUUCAAAAUCAUUCCAAAAUGGAUUUAAAGAUGCCCAAAGAAUGGCUCGAAGAUCCGGACGAUGCGGAGGAUACCGAGGAUGAUUCGAUCACGCAACGAACGGCUAGUACGGAAGGAUCGCAACAACCGGACGAACCAUACGAACCGGCGUUUGAAGAUUAUGAGUAUAGCUAUGAAAUGGAUUCCGACCUUGCCGCGGAUGUGGAGCCCGACCUUGUCGACGAAAAUGGAAUUGUGAUAUUGGAGCUGUUAGUUCCACACGUAGAGCGCAGUGUGCUCGAACGCCAACCACGAAAUAGGCAUCGCAGAUAUGAUCGUAUCAGAAGGUCCCGAAGAUUACGGCGAUCAGCGCGACGAUCGAGCCGAGCACGAACGAGGUCACGCAGUCGUCAAAGAAGUCGUUCCGAGCCCCAUGUCGGUAGACCGGAAGCUGACAACAUGCUAGGUGGAUUAUUUUCCCUAAGACCAACUGGCAGGCCCUCGUACCACAAUCGGUAUGCAACGUCCAGGUCGCGUUCGGGUUCUCGCGAGGCUGUUAACAACUCCAGCAGACAGCAUCCUUCUACUUCCUCUUAGGCCGCCGUUCGCAGUUCCAAAUUUGAAGUGUAAUGAGAUGAACAAAUUUAAUACUGGUGUGGUGAGAUUUUUAAAGAGCCUCCCCUACGAAUAGACAAUUCGGUGGGAAUCACGUGUUUUUUUGGCGCUUUUACGCCUCACUCGUGUUUGUGUUACGGGCGCGUUGUUUGUUUUUCCCCCUGUUACACUCCUCUACACCAGCCGUUGACUAUGACCUGUGUCCAGCUUUCCUGAUGAAUCGACGAAAACGGUUUUGCCCUUUUGACUCUCGAAAUACGCUAGCCAACAACACCACCGUAGCUGCAUUCCUGUCACCCGGGUGGUUGGAUGCCGUUAGGUUCUGUACGGUUGCUUUCGCUGAGGUUCGCACUUUUCCAAUUUUGCUUCUGGAGCUUUUUGCAGAACCAGAACUACUUACCCUUACCGAAACAAAAAUCUGCCAAGCCAUACAAACAAGGCAAGAAUGGUGCUAGUUCGAAACCUUACCGCGGUACAGGUAGGUGGUGUCUGGCUCUUCUGGUGAAAUUAUCCCCUUCCCCCCCGGCCCCUUCCCUCUGUUCCCUCACCUGAUCGUCCAACUGAUAAAGCACAAAAGAAGGUAGCAUCACGCAUUUUGGGCGCACACAGUUACUGGUCAGCAGCAGGCACGUUCCUUGCCGGAACGAACUGAUCAAGCCGAACGAACGUUCCCCAACGAUGACGUUAGUGCAGAGUAAGGUCCAACUGUUCACCCGCCUUUGGUUGGUGCUAGUGAUACUGCUCCUCGUUCCCGGUGUCCGUGGUGCAGCAGGUGAGAACGAGGUCCCGCCCGCGGUCGGUAGUGAACCGGUGCGUCAGCUCGGUGUCAGUGUUAAUACGAAACGGUUAGCGAACGUGCUGGGCGAUGAGUUUAUAAGUUUCUACGCCAAACCGCAAGACAUCUUCGACGGGCAGGGCAAUCCGAUCAGUGAAACGAGCUUCCAAAUGGCCCAGAGCCUCGGCGGUACGUUCCUGAAGGUGGUGGCAGAUUCCUCGCAGCUGCAUCUGCAGACAGCGGCCGGUGAGAGUGUGAUUGGCCAGCCGGAAGAUAUGGAGCUGGUGCAGAUAAGUGCGGGUGCGUGGCAAGCGUUCUACGAGUGGGCCAGACGCGCACACCUGAUGCCAGUGUUUGUGCUCGACUAUCCGACCGAUGGUGGGCAAUGGGACGCGAAGAACGCUCUCCGGAUUCUGACCGUCGCCAGUACGCUCGGCAUUAGCGAAUGUCGCUGGCAGCUUGGGAAUGGACUCGUAAAAGACGCACCAAAGUAUGCGGAUGAUUUGCGGACCUUCCGUACCAUGCUGCAGGCGUUUCCCGAGCAAGACUGGACCAUGGUAGCAUCGGAGUUGAGUCCACAGUUUAUCUCAAUGGAAGAGAUUCAGUACUUCCACGCCAAUGUCGACAGCCUUGUGGAAGCCAUCACAAUAACCGGACCAAAGUCCGACCGUGCGGCAUGGAAUUACACCACCAUUCAGCGAGAAAUCCAUCUGCGCGGACUUUCAAAGCAACGGCUGCCGGUGUGGCUCGAUCUUGUUGAGGAGAAGCGCUCGGAACCGGAACUGUCCGCUGCCGCACCGGCUGCUUGCUGUCAAGCUUGUGUCCGCGAAGGCAUGGAGUACGCUCGCACACUCGGCGAAGCUGCCCGGGGUGGGAUAAGUGCGGUGUUUCAGCCCCUUCGCCGGGACGACAUUCAGCAGUAUUCGUUCAACUAUCUAAUCGGCCUGCUCUACAAACAAACCGUUGGUCAUAAGGUGUUCCCGGUGCAGUUUAAUGUGGAUCCUUCUAUCACGUUGGACACUAGCAGCAGCAGCAGCAGCAGCAGCAGCCACACGUCGGUAUACGCUUACUGUACGCGAAAUCGUACCGGUUCCCUGACGCUCGUGGUCGUGAACGGGGAUCAGGACGGUGCUGCGGCUAACGUUACGAUCAAACUGAUGACCCGAUCACUCUCCUCGCCGGUCGAGCUGUUUCUGUUGACCGUGCAGGACGGCCAGCCGAUGGUGAACAACCGUCCGCUGGAGCAGCCCAACACGGACCACCAACCUCAACCCGAUCCGGUACGCGCAGUCACCACACUCACGCACGGCGUUAGCUUCUACGUCCCAGCGCAAGCAAUCCUGUUCGCGGUCGUGCCAGGCGUUCAGGUACGCGAGUGCCGGAACGAUGUUCUCCCCCAGCGCAAGAAGCUGCCCCGUGAGAUGAUCCUGCCCGAUCGCACCUCCACUGACCUGCUGCUGGAACAUCUGAUCGGAGAGCUGUUGGAAAAGGUUCCGCUCGAAAGUGUCAAGCGGCGGGUGCGUCGUUCGCUGCUAAUGAACGAUCGCCCGGCAACCAGGACGCCGUUCGGCGGGGAGAAACGGAAACGAUUUCUCGCUCGUUUCGCUAAUGCACCACAAAGCGAUAGCCUUGCGGAAAGCCUCUCGGAGGUACUCGCGGACCCGCAACCGGUACAGGCGACCAGCGAAAGGGCAGCGCGUGGACCCCGCCAAACGCAAGCCUACAAGCGGCAGCAGCGUCGCAUCCGCCAGAAGGAGAAACGGUUGGAGAAGCGUAAUCUGAAGAAGAUGAAGCACCCGCUGCGCGAAGCGCGCCGGGAACGGGCGAAACGGGGCGAUAUGCUGAUGGGCGGCCGGCGCUUGAACGCGCAUCCCAACCGCCGGUUCCAGGAGCGACUGAUGAAGCGCAUGUCGGCGAAGCUGGCGAGCCGUAAAACGAAGCGCUCGUCACUGGCGGAAGCGGUCAACGAGCCACCGAGCUUUGCCGGCAGCGAGGAGGACGAUGAGCUGCACUCGCGUUCGGACUUUCCGCUGGGCGAUGUACACCUGGUAAUCUCGAAGGGUGUGGCGAGUGGCGACGAAGAGCAUGGUCGGUACGUGCCGAUGACCGAUGACGAUAACGUUGAUAUGGAUCAAGCGGAGCAGCUGGAGCAGCUGGAGCAGCGCUCAUCGGGAGGGUAUAGGAUGGGAAGCUGGGGAUCAGCAGUGCGUCAUCGGCCAGCCGCUGUCCGGCGAAGGAUCUCGAUCAAUCAGCGCGAUUUUCAUCGUUUCGCGCCGGCCUGGGAACGUAGACCGAUCGAGAGCAGUGAGGAGCAGGAGGCCGACUGCGUGCGCCGACGAACACUACGGCGAGGACCGAAGCACGAGCAGCACGAGGGCCGAGAAGCGAGACGUUCCGAUCGGUUCAUGUCGAUCCGGCGAGAACAAUCGGAAGAAGACAGACAACCGAAUCGACUGACGGAAGCAAACAGCCGAGAGGCGGCGUUCACAAUCGUACAGAUGAAGGACAAGCGCUUUGAUGAGCCCCAGGCGGUUGACGAACAACAGCGGCGUACUACCACUACCGAAAUGGAGGAAAGCUCUCCCGAGGACACUCAACCCGCCGCCAUGUACGAUGUGCCAAUGGAGGAACAACCGACCGACCGUCCCAUGGCUGUGCCAGCGUCGGAAGAAGAAAUCCACCUCUUCACACCGGCACCCCGGACCAGCGAGGAGCGUCAGAUUGUCCCACGGCUCGAUCCUACCUGGUCGCUAGAAUCCACAUCCGCUGAGGUUGCCGAGUUACGGCCCCAUCGCUUCAAACGUUCCUUCCCCGGCGGGCUGGUCCUAACCGAGCAGCCUGCUGCCUCCUCGAUCGAAUCGGAAGAGGUGCAACGGUUGGAGGACUUUUUCCGCACCAACGCCAAGCUGCAGCAAAAGUUUGCCGAAAUGUUUGACCUGCUGCUGGAGGCGAUCGAGGAGCUGGAAGCGGAAGAUAACAAUGCCCGGGAGGUGAGCGAUGGCGCUGGCGAGGAUGAUGUUGUUGAUGGGGGUGGCGCGGUCGCCCCGAACGAACCGUCCCUAAAGCGAACGAAACGAAACGUCCUGCUUCAUCCACAGUCCUGGGAAUCCCGGGAACGGUCCAACAUGAUUCAACGCCAGCACCAGCAGUCGGAAGAGUUUUCGCACGAGCAUCUCGUCCUACCGGUGCAGCCAUCGGCACAACGACCGAAGCUGGUGGUGUCCGCCGCUGCGGACCAAGCGGCCCUGAAGGAAGCUCGCGAAGAUGGCAAUACCCACCCAGACGCGGACGAUGAAGGGAAACCGGGCGCAUUUAUGUUGCGAUCGGUGGUCAACUUUGUGCGACGAGCGUCGAACGAGUUUCAUCAACUGUUUUCCGGUUGGUUUGGUAAGAAUGCGUGAGAGAGAGGAGAGGAGGAGGUUUCUUGGUAAGGGUUGUGUAAAAUAGAGGUUACUUUAAGGAUUAAAUAAAGUAAGUGUGGUUAGUACUUGAA